AUGGCAGCCUACCAUACAGUUUGCCUUCUAGACCACACCCAUUUGCCAGAAAUCAAUUUGCAAAUAUGCAGAUUAAAGGCUUCAGAAGCCGCUUCUUCAUCAUCAUCAAUAAGCCACAAAUUAAAUGGUCUUCAGGAUUUGCAUGAUUGCAUCAAUAAGUUGCUUCUGUUACCUUCCUUAGCCCAAGAGAAGCAUGAGAAAUCGUUUGAUGAGCUGUUGGACCGAUCUCUCAGGCUCUUGGAUCUAUGUAGCACUGCUAAAGAUGAAGUACUUGGCCUCAAGGAAGGCGGCAAAAAAGGCAGUGCAAAAGGCCUUGGGAGAUCUGAAGGUCAUGAAAAAAGAAAUGCUUUCUCUAACAAUGACAAUGAGAGCAUUCUAAAGGAGGUGGAAGCAAUCACUCUCAAUGUAUUUGAAUCUUUAUUGUCUUUUAUCUCUGGUCCACAAGCGCAAUCAAAGAUAAGUGGAUGGUCACUAGUUUCCAAACUAAUGCACCACAAAAAAGUGGCUUGUGUAGAAGAAGAAAUAGAAGCAAAUGAAUUUGCGAAGGUGGAUGCUUCAUUGCAGUUUCUCAUUGGUAACAAGACAUGCAAAUCUGAUUACAUGAAGCAAGUUGCAGAUUUGCAGAACCAGCUAAAGAACCUGGAGUUAUGA